AUGGGCCGUUUGGGUGUUUUCAACACACAGGAUCCAGUAGCUCACAAGGAGCGGCGGAGGUUAUUGAACCACGCUUUUUCACAACACCAUGUCAAUGGUAUGGAGCCAGCUUUUCAAAAUUCGGUGCGGAAGCUGGUAGCCAGGAUAGAGCAGCAGAAAGGAAAGGCUUUGGACGUAAAACAUUGGUUCAAGAUGUACACACUGGAUAACGCGGGCGAAGCUUUCCUCGGAACAUCCUUUGGAGGGCUAGAUUCGGACGAGUCACCACAAUAUGUGAAAGAUUUUGAUUUGUUUUUGAUUUCGUGGACUUUUAAAGUAACUUUUCCGAUGCUCUCUUGGUUGCUGCAGAGAAUACCCCACCCAAAGAUUCAGUUUAUCUUUGGCACAGACCUUCGAAUAUAUCAGUAUGGAAUCGAUCGUUUUAACGAAUACAUCCAGACAUAUGGACGUGCGUCACAAAGAAAAGAUCUUUUAACCAAGAUGAUUGGCCGUAGAGAAAACGAUCCGGAUGCCUUAGCUGACAGUGAGGUUGCUGUGGAAAUCAGUAACCUUGGCUUUGCGGCCACGGAUACCCUGGGGACCGCUCUGGUGUACCUUUUCUGGGAGCUCGCUCGGAAUCCGGCCCUAGCGAAAGGACUUCGCUCCGAGCUUGCUGAAAUUCCGCUAGUAGAUGGGGUAAUGCAACAUCAUAGGGUAUCGAGUCUCCCCUUCCUAGACGCUCUUAUAAUGGAGGUAUUACGAGCCUACCCACCUCUGCCAGCUGGACUCCCAAGGGAGCCCUCUGUGCAUGGGUUGAGCAUAGACGGCGUCUACAUCCCUCAAGGUACCGUUGUUUCAACGAAUACGUGGACCACGCAUCACAACCCAGAUUAUUUCCCGGACCCUGACAAGUUCGACCCGACCCGUUGGCUUGGAGGUAAUGUGUCCGAUGGGAUGAAGAAACUCUGGAUGCCAUUUUCCAAGGGCCCACGGAAUUGCAUGGGACAGGCCAUGGGGCUGUUUGAAAUGAAGAUAUUAGUCGCGACAUUGAUCAAGCAGUUUAACAUCAGCGUUGACGAUGCGAUGAGUGAUGACGGAAUGGAUGUUAUGGAUUAUUUUGUUCUCAUCCCCAAGGGGGGUAAAUGUCUUCUCAAAUUCACAUCGGUUUAA